GAAGAGACUUGGAAAAAUAAGACUGAAGGAAAAUGGUUCCUGUUCUGCUACUGCUCUCGCUCCUUGGGUCCACAUCUGCUUGGACGCCCAUGGAAGGCUGGGGUUCUGGCAAUGUGACUGCGUCCCUAGAUGAGACUGGGAAGUGCAUCUGCAAAGUUUUUCUGCCUGACAUUGCCUUCCCAGCCGACCGGCUAGGGCUCAUGCUAGAGAUUUCAAAAGAACUGAGGCUGGAUAUGGAGAUCGAAAUAAAUAAGCUGGUCAGCCACAAAAGCAAGCUGGUGGUGUGUUUGGAGAAACUGGAGAACCUGACUUUGCGUGUGGACCUUCUAGAGAGUGGUACUGACAAGUACAUUAAGCUGGAGUUUGAGAUGCUCAGGGUUGAACUUAAAGCUUUUGAAGCACUUGUCUCACAGCUGAACACAUCUCUCAACUCCUCCUCACCCUUGUUUGAAAGCCUGUACACUGAGAUCCUGAAUAUGACCCUCAUCGUGGAUCAGCUGGAGGGCUAUGACAGGCGCAACCUGGAGGUGAUCCGCGUACAGUUCGCCAGACUGCAGAAGAAGCUGGAGGACUGCCAAAGGCUGGACGAGAAUGCUGUUAGUCCAGAGAUUGGGUCCUGCAAACAUGGAGGAAUCCAAAACAUCAGCAAACCCAUCAUCAGCCAGCUGAAUGCCCAUUUGAGCACCUCCUACCAAUAUGGGGGCUGGGGGAAGGAUUCUAAGCCACUCCCAGGCCUUGAGUCUAUGUAUUGGUUUUCAGGACAGGCAGACACCAUAAUGACCCACAUUAACCUAUACACUGACUACCAGAGACUAAUCUUAAGAAGUACAUUUAAAUCGCAUGCAUAUGUAAGUCGUCCUGAUAAUGGGUUUCGUGGGUAUGGCAAUAAUUACAUUGUGUAUGGAAACAACUUUUAUUACCAGUGCUAUGGUUCAGCCAGCAUGUGCAGACUGAACCUCACCACCAUGACCUUUGAGUCCAGAGUGCUUCCUCAGGCCAGCCUGCGAUUCCCAUACAGCAGCUCUUCCAAUCAGAACUUUGACUUUGCAGCUGAUGAGAAUGGACUGUGGGUGACAUACAGCACAGAGCAGGCCAAGGGCAUCAUGCUCGUUGCCAAAAUAGAUGUAGCCACCUUCGGGGUGGAACAGGUGUGGGAGACCAGUUUGUUCAGACCCUCGGUGGCCAAUGCUUUCAUGGUGUGUGGGGUUCUGUAUGCUCUUCGUUCAGUGGACAUUAACACAGAGGAGAUCUUCUACACCUUUAACACCAACACAGGCAAGGAGAGCUUCAUCAACAUUCCCUUUGAGAAGUUCCAGGAGAGAUACUACUACCUGGACUACAACCCCACUGAUCAGAAGCUAUAUAUGUACAACAGUGGCUAUUACGUGUCUUACCAGGUGAAAUAUAACAAGGAAAAAUAGGGCUGGAUACUCACACCUGAGUGUUUUCGUAGUACUAAAACAAAAAAGUCAUUGUAAUUUUCAAGAAAAGCUUUACACUGUAGGUUGAUGUGGUUACCUGUAGCCAAAUGUCAAUGAAAGAUCAGUGCUAUAUCUGUCGUAAUCAUUUUUCUGCCCCUGGCACGCUAAAUAAAACUAUAAGCAAGCAUUA